AUGAAGAUAAUCACCUGGAAUGUAAAUGGUCUGCGCACUCUUGACAACUUUCGACAACACAUUAGCCUCCUUGAUCCUGAUAUCCUCUGCUUACAAGAAACCAAAAUCUCAAGAGCCCAGUUAGAUAACGAGCUUGCAAAAUGUUGUGAUUUCUACUCGUUUUUCAACUACCCAUUAAAGAAACAAGGUCAGGCUGGAGUUGCUACUUAUGUCAAGAAGGCAUACUGUCCUCACUUUGUCGAUCUUCUUGCUGAUAAUUUAGACUCUGAUCAAGAAGGCCGAGUGAUAGCAAGCUACCACAAGAAAAGUGAUGGAAAAAUACUGGUUAUUGUAAAUGUCUAUGUACCUUGUGCAUAUCCUGGUGAUGGUGAAAAGUACGAAAAGAAAAUAAAAUUUCUUGAAAAUCUGAAAGCUCAUGUUUCCAAACUAAUUGAGGAAAACAAUGAUGUUGUGUUAGCAGGAGAUCUUAAUGUGAAAACUCGGAUUAUUGACAGUGCUGAAGCAUUCGAAAAUAGGCAUAAUUCUAAGUUUAUUGCAGAAUGGCAUAGUUCACCUGAUAAAAUUAUUUUCAAUUCUUUUCUUGAUGAUCACUUGGUUGACUGUCUUCGGUAUCUAUAUCCUAACAAACCAGAAUGCUACACAUGCUGGAAUGCUGGAUUAAAUGGAAGGAUCAACAACUAUGGAACCAGAAUUGACUACAUUCUUCUAUCAAAAUCAAGUAAAACUUUGAUAAAAUCAUGCUCAAUUAUGUCAGACAUAACUGGCUCUGACCAUUGCCCAUUUUCAACAGAGAUUGAUUUCAGUGUUUUGCCCAGUCCAACUGUUCCACCAGAAUGCACAAUAUUUUACCCUGAGCUGCGAGGAAAGCAAACAAGUCUCUCAUCUAUGUUUUCUAAAAGGAAGGCCGAAAUGAUGAUUGAAAAGAAUAGUACACAAUUAGUCAGUCAUCCUGGAAAAAAACAAAAAACCAACAGUGGUCUAGGAGCAACUCAAAAACAAUGUACUCAGACUAAAUUGAUGUUCUCUGCUAAAUGCAGCAAAGUACAGAAACCCCAAGCACUUCCUAAUCACAAAAGAAAGGCAAGCUCUCCUCCAAAUACAGCAACUCCCAGCAGUGCUGUUUCUGUAAAGUCACUUUUGAGAGGCUUACCUACACCACCAGUAUGUUCAGGUCAUCAACUUAAAUCGUCUUUAAAGACUGUUACAAAAGAAGGUCCUAAUUUUGGAAAAAGAUUCUACUGUUGUUCGUUGCCCAUAGGCCCUUCAUCAUCUAAAUCAUCCAGGUGCAAUUUCUUUCAGUGGCUGGAUAAGUAAUCGGGAUUUAUAAGUACUGAAAUUUAUGCUAAAUUAUAUUGUAUUUUGAUUUUGAAUUAUGACACAUUUGCUUCUUUUAUAAAAGUUUGAUACUUACAACUUAUUAGUAGGAGCUGUUACGGGGAUUAUUUGAAAUUUUGAACAUUUAAAUUUUGCCAGCAUUCUUAAUGAAGCUGGUUUCUAGACCAUUUCAACGCUUUAAAAACGAUAUUAUGUAUGGAGUAAAUCUGGUUCCUUAUAUAUUAGUAUAUUAUACUAUUGUGUCCAAUGAUUUGUUAUGUUGCCAAAUCUGUUGCAGUUUUUCCCGUAAGAGCUUCUAGUAUAUAAGAUAAUAUAUUUUUAAUAAAAAUAUGUUUUAUUUUUUAGAAUUUGGAUUGAGAGCAUUCAUUUGCUUGAUUUUUAAACUUUGGUUUUAUGUGUGACCCCAUAGUUUUUGUUUGGGUAAAUUUAUUAUUAUCAAUUCGGAUCUAUCCCAUGAGAUUGUAUCAUUUCAC